AUGUUCAACUCGCUGCUUCGCCUUUGGCGCUCACGAGGCGACGUUCAACAAGAUUUGGAAGCCAACCCUAACAAUGACCAUUUCACGAGGUUACCUUCUGCGCAACGGUCCCGACCCAAUCAGCCCAAACUUCAGCUGAAUACGAGCAUGAUUAGCAUUCCAAUCAAACGCUCGCCUCAUUCUAUUACCGGUAUUGAAGGACAUGAAGCGCAAUGGCAUACAAGUCCUAAUGGUUCCACUCGUUCUGGUCCUUCCAAUAUCGCCUGGCUGAGACACGAUCCUUCCCGGGAUGAAGAUCAACUACCAGUUCGUCCUCCUGCUGCACGGCUGGGAAUGGUUCGCCAUACGGCUAUCCCUCUGAGUCGCUCGAUAUCAUCUCCGGCGUCCUCGCAGCUUCAAGUUUAUCCUGCUCGGAGGCUCGGAAUGAACCCAGCUCAUGCGGGAAGUACUUUCUCCUUGCGCAUGGAUGGCCAGUCGCAUGUAAGCACCCUUUACGGAGAUGCAUACAACUAUCCACUUGUGAAACCACUUUCGCCCAUCGCGGAGCAAGACUACUUUUCCCCGGAAUCACUAAGGAAAACCAUUCAGCUACCUCCUGAUACCAGUACCUCCAUCUCCCCAAGUAUCAUGUCAACUAAGCGGAGUAUGGUUGACACAGGACCUUCCCCCGUGCACUCUCUACCUUUCAUUACUCGGCCCGUGAACCGAAGCCUUUCGCAAAGUACCCAUCGAUCUGGCCGUUCUACGACAUCUACAGUCACCCCAAUUUUGCCUCUUCCCGAAGCUCGACUUCAAACUUCCGGACCCUAUACCUCUCAGGAUGGAGAUGCUCACCCGUUGCGUCCUGGAAAAUCAUCCAACCGACUUACGACCAUGCCCACAAUUCCCGCAGGAAGCUCUGAAGAGUAUCAGAUCGGCAACGAGGCAGCGGAGAGUUCAUAUGGAGGUCACGAAGAAGCAGAAGACGGAUCGGAAGGCUCGGAAUCACUCCGUUCCUUCGUCACAGCCGGUGAUACCAGUCCAAACCAAACUGUCCCCCCAAUUGCGAUGGAUUAUGGCUCCACACCAUCACCGCUUCCUGUGCCUGCUCCAGUUGCACAGUCACAAAGUUACAGCAAGAUUCUCCCUGUAGAGUUCACAGAGACCGACGUUUCCAUGAUCCGUUCGGAUGGUAGCAGCGUGCAGGCUUAUACACGAUCUCCUGCUUCAGUAUCUUCAUCUUUCAUCCGGCGUCGAUGGGACAAAGACGCCGGGUAUCCUGUUGGACCUGGAGCCUUCAAUCUGAAACCAAAACGUCAAUGCUUUUACAUCGAUGCUACCCCAGCAUUAUGGGCGUUCUUGCUAGGGUUCUUCUUCCCAGUUCUAUGGUUUGUGGGAGGUUGGCACUUUACGAACUUUGGGGAGCAACCGGCGAGAUUGACGUUGUGGGAGUUUUACUUCAAUGGCGCGUAUUGGAGAGAGUUAUUCUGUUGCGGAAGGGGAAAGCUGAAGUGGAAUGAUCAGUUGAAGGAGUCGGAAAGCUCGGAAACGAAGAAGGGUAAAGGGAAGGAGAGGGAGAAACCACUGAGGAUUCGUCAUCCGCCACCACUCCCAAGAUGGAUCACAGAAAAACUCAGUACGGAUGUGAAGAAGGCCCGGCUCAACGACGCUAAACGCUCUUUGAGGGGUAUAUCGUUCGGCUAUCCUUUCGUCCCUAGACCGGUGGUCUGUUCUUCCUCAUCACAUUCGAAUGCGACACAGGCUGCCCGCCGAAUCAUGUCAGUCCUAUCCAGACCGAACAGAUUUCUCGACCAAUUCUACGGUGUGCGAUUGAGAGAUGUAAGGGGCAAACGUGAGGGUCCGAGGAGAAUAUUCGACCCGUGGAUUCAGAGAUGUAGGUAUGCAUUUUGUUAUGCUAUGGUUCUGUUUUUAUGUGGACUAGCUACGGCCGCCACAACUCUUAUCAUAUUCAGCCUUAGAGACUUCAGAUAG